AUGGCUGCGGAGGAUACCUCGAAUGCGUAUUGGAAGUCGAAGUCCAAGGAGAGGUGGACUGAAGACGAAGAAGAAUCGUUGCAGAUGCAUGUGCUAAGCCAAGAAGGCACCACAAUGGACUGGGAGACGAUAAGCCAGAAAAUGCCGGGGAGGUCACUCCAAGCUUGUGAGACACGCUGGUACAAGACGCUUCUGCCCAAGCUCCAGCUGGGCGGACUUGAUAGAUCCAAAGGAAAGAUCAGAAAAAUUAGGGCAGAAGAAGCAAAGAGGAAACCUAACUGGGCAACUGUUGCCAAGUUUCUUCCGCCUCCAGCGACGUGGCUGCAGAACCAGUUGAUGAAGAAUAAUAAUGGCGAUCGCCGUCCUCAAACAGCUCACACAUUAGCAGCGCUGCCGCCGCCGCCGCCGGGAACCGAUCGAUCCAGGAGCCAGCGACCAAAAAAAGAAAGUUGA